AUGGGAACUCCUCUCAUGCAWAAUUCUCCACAAAGAUUUUCACAUGGUAUCAGAGCCACCCCGUCGCACAAUCCGUUGCCCUUCUAUGAGGAUUGCUGGAGUGAGGAAGCCACCUACACGUUGAUCAAAGCCUGGAGCGAUCGGUAUAUCGAGCUCAACCGCGGGAACCUUCAUCGGAAGGAUUGGCAGGAGGUCACUAACGCCGUUAACGUCCGACAUGGCGCCAUUAAGAAGAAUCGUCGCACCGAUGUUCAGUGCAAGAACCGGAUCGAUACCUUGAAGAAGAAGUACAAGAUUGAGAAAGGUAGGAUUUUGGCUUCGGACGAGAYCCUAACCAGUAGUUGGUCUUUCUAUUAUUGUCUCGAUCCCCUGAUUGGCUCGACCGUGCCGGUGAAGAAGCCAUCACCUCCACUUGCCCUUCCCUUGCUCUACCGGAAGACACCUCCUUCGCGGCCGCACGCUUCUCUGAUAUCGGUCGCCGUUCGGUCGACGAAGGAGAAGCGGCCGUCUCCUGCGGUCGAUGAUUCCUUCUUCCGGCGGAACUAUUCGGUGGUUGCUGCUGCAGCUGUGGCUACAGAGAACGACACGGAUUCGGAGCCAUCGAGGUCGAUCACGGAGAGUCGACGUCGAGAUGGGGAGGCGGAUGGGUUUCGACAGCUGGCUCAAGCUAUAACAAGAUUUGAGGAGAUUUAUGAGAGAGUGGAGGGCGCGAAACAAAGGCAGAUGAUUGAAUUGGAAAAGCAGAGGAUAAUCAAAGAUUGUCGUGUUUCUUACUAA